GUACCUACGACAUGGCAACCGGAGAAUGCCCGUCUUGUCUCGCUGGAUACGAAGGAAAAACUUGCUCGAAAGUUUGCAAGAGUGGAUCCUUUGGACCUGGUUGUAAAUACCUAUGCGGACAUUGCUUGACCGGAUCAAGUUGCAAUGCACAAACAGGAAUUUGUCCGAAAGGAUGUGGAAGUGGGUAUAAAGGUUCCUUAUGCACUCAAAGUUGUGACAACAACACAUAUGGGCAAAAUUGCGACGGCAAUUGUGGACAUUGCAGUAGUUUACCUUGUGACAGAUUUAACGGACAUUGCAAUGGACAGACACACAUUUGCAAACUGGGCUUUCAGCCUCAGAAAUGCGACACAGAAUGUGUGGAUGGGACAUUCGGUGACGAUUGUACGAGCAACUGUAGCAAACACUGUUCUGGUGGCGACAUGUGCAACAAAACCACUGGUCUCUGUCCAAAUGGCUGUCUAUCGGGAUACAACCUCACGGGAGACGGUCUAUGUUUAACAAAGUGCACGCAAGGAACAUACGGACUAAACUGUGCAGAAAAGUGUGGUAACUGCAGAGAUGGCGUAUUUUGUAACACACAGAAUGGACAUUGUCCGUCCGGCUGUGAGCGGGGUAGCCAAGGUGCAGAAUGUAAGAAUGGGUGUCCAAAUGGCGUAUAUGGCUAUAACUGUGACUAUACAUGUCAUUGCAUGAACGAUAGUGAUGAAUGUGAUUCUGAAUACGGCAAUUGCUCAAACGGAUGCGCUAUCGGGUGGGGUGGACAAAACUGCAGCUCUGAUUUAAGCAUUAUUAAACAUGACAGCCAUGGGGUAAACGCCGUACAGCAGAGCACAUUCGACAUGUGCAACGCAUCAAACAUUUACAACGGAAAAACCCUAACACAUGCUACAAAUUGUCCCGUUGUUGGUAGUUUUGGUGAUAAAUGUUGGGAAAAAUGCCACUGUGGCGACGGCCAGAGGUGUGACAUUUUGACAGGAAAAUGCUCUUCUCCAGGCUGCCUUCAAGGAUGGAGGGGCGCCGCCUGUAAUACAUGUUGUGACAAGCAUACGUUUGGCUUUAAUUGUGAGAAUGAAUGUCAUUGCUAUGAGUGUGACGACGUGGGCGGUUCGUGUGGAUUAUAUCCUUGCUUCAGUGGCUGGGAAGGUUGCACAUGCUCAGAACCGAUAAAUAAAAGUGAAAAACAAGAUGAAAGUAAUAAGACUUGCGACGGGAAUACAACGGUUGCAGUGUUGGCAACUUUACUUGCUGUGGCAAUUAUAGAACAUGUGGUUAUAGUAACACUUUAUUGCAGAAGAAAAAAAGGGACAAGACAAGGAAAAGACGACCAGAGCGAUCAGAAUCAUUACACUGUACCAGGAGCAUCGAUGUCUUCUGAGUAUGCCACAUUAGACGUAGCUGAAAUGAAUAAUAUUCAAACAGACAGACGAUAGGCUAAUGUGAAUAACAAAU